AUGGCCGAGUUCAAUCCCUUUGACCAAAUUUUCGUACUGAAGACGUCCCUCGAUACGGCCGAGGACACAGAUUUGGCCCUGAGCCCGAUGAUCAUUGACGCCCUUUACAAGCAGGACAUUGCCACAUGCGCUAACUACAGCUCCCAAAUUGGUGCAAGCUUCAUGUUGCUGCUUAUCAUUAUUGCCAUGACGCCUUCAGUGAGGCUCAUCAAGGCUUCCCUGUGGGUUCACAUUACUGCCCUCGUCGUCAACACGGUCCGCAUGACGCUCAUGGUAGUAUUCUUCACUACACCCAACUGGACCAACUUUUAUACGCGCUUCACAUCAAACUACUCCCGCGUCACAGCGGCUGACUCCCAUCUGAGCAUUGCGACGGAGGCGAUCUCCCUGACCUUACACACCCUUGUCCAGGUGUCGCUGGGCAUGCAGGCAUGGGCUCUUGUCAAACUGCUGCCGAGGCGCUGGAAAUGGAGGUUUACUGGAAUCUCUUGCUUUGUGUCAGCAUCUGCCAUUGGGCUGCGUCUUGGACUCAGCAUCAUCAAGACCGAUGCUAUUUUGAUACUUUCGCCCGCACGUCCCAUAUGGGUAGCCAAAGGCAGCGGUGUUGUCGGGGCAAUCUCUAUUGCCUACUACUGCGCGCUAUUCAAUAUCAGGCUGCUCAUACACCUUGUAAAGAACCGCGGCAUCCUCCCAUCGAGGCAACGGCUAAACGCGAUGGAAGUUCUGAUCAUCACGAAUGGGAUUUUGAUGAUUAUACCUGUUAUCUUCGCUGCCUUGAACUGGGGCCCAUGGUCGAGCCUUGAACUGAGCUCUUUAACGUACACGUCGGUCGUUGUCUUCCUGCCGCUAGGAACCUUGAUCGCUUCCAGGGCCUCGGCAAGCACGUCGCGGGGGGAGCCGCAACCGACUUGUUGUACGGUACAUCCAGCUGCACCUCUUAAGGCAGCUCCAACCAUUGAAAUGCCGUCUAAUGUCUAUGGAAGCGUGCAAGGCGCCGUCACGUCGUACAUCGCGUCCAGUCGUUCCCGCCAACGUGGCCAGACUGACGCCAUCGAUUUAAUCGACGUUGAGUUGCAACAAAUCGAUGGAAAUGACCUUGAAAAGGGAUUCAUCAGGGUUGACAGAGAGGUGGAGUUCUAUGAAGAGCGUAUCUGA